CCAAGACCCAUCUGCAUGGCAAGUCCAGCGUCCCUGUUCUUUCCUUUAAUGCAGGGUCUUUAAAAGGAGGGCCAAGACUGACUUUGUACAGUAGAUGGCAGGUGACAUCCUGGAUAAAUACUGCGAGGACUGGAGCUUGUGGAGUUCACUGGAGUGACGCUGUUCAUUAUUUCUGGAGCUUACUGGCCUGUUUUUUGUCUUUGCUGGAGCAUUUUUGCGGAUUACUUUUUCAUAAUGUUUCCCCUGGAAGAGAUUGCAAACAGGACGUGCUCUGGUUACCGGACUCAGCAUCCUCACGCUAUCCUUUAUAACAUCUUGAGCGGGAGGGAGAUUGGCUACCUCGACAACAAACUGAAGGGUAACGCCACGGCACACAACUGCCACUGUGGGCAGAGGAGGACAGUUUGCCUCAAGGACCCAAAGGCCACCGGCCAAGUGGCCUCCGGCGUGCUGGAGAAAACCGUCUGCUUCGUGAGAAGUUUACCAUCGUUCGGUCAGCUUCCAUCGCAAGACCAGUCGUUGUUGUUGAUACACUGCUGGGUUCCUUUACUGGUCCUGGGUCUUGCACAAGAAAAGAUAGUGUUUGAAGUGACCGACGUGCCAAAUUCAAGCAUCCUCAGACAGAUUCUGCUUGGACCAGGACUCACUGGAAAGGAGGCUGAUCAACCAACUCUGGCUGGAGUCCACAAGUUAAGAUCUUGCUUGCAUCAGCUGUGGAAUCUGGAUCUCAGUCCAAAGGAAUAUGCUUACCUGAAGGGUGCUUGGUUGUUCAACCCAGCUGUGCAAGGACUGAGCGCCUCGCUGUCCGUCGAAGGCCUCCAACAGGAAGCUCAGAGAGCUCUCCGAGAAGCCGUCCACCUCCUGCACCCAGAGGACCCCGCUCGCCUCAGCCACGUCCUUCUAGCAGCUUCCAGCAUCCAGGCAGUCAGCCACGGCAUGGUCACAGAGCUCUUCUUCAAGCCAGUUAUUGGCAACACCAAUAUGUUACAUUUAUUAACAGACAUGUUGUUUGUGCAAUGA